AUGGCGGAGUUGCCCUCGCGCUGGACUCACGCUGUGCGUGCGGACGGGCGAGUAUUCUUCAUAAGUGAGCGCACGCGCACCACAACCUGGCUCCACCCGCGCACGGGACUCCCGGUCAACUCCGGUCACGUGACGCGCUCAGAUCUGCCUCAGGGCUGGGAGGAGGGCUACACCCCAGAGGGAGCCAGCUACUACAUCGAGUGA